AUGUCCCAAAAUACUAAAACUACUGCUCAACCAAUCAGUAGUAAGAGCAGUAAAAAGAAAGCUUCACUGAAGGCCACUGCGAACUAUGACGUCGAAUAUUAUGACGCUGUCAAGAAGAAGUUACAGAACAAAAAUGCUAUUGGUUAUAGAAAAAUAAAUCUAGACGAUACUAUGGUCCAACCAUUUACAAUUGAAAAAGGUCCAAAGAGAAACUAUAUUGUUACGGACCCUCCUGCCGAAAUCUCAUAUUUACGUUCCAAUAUCGUCUCAUUUAAAGAAUUCAUCUUAAUUGUCAGUUUGUUACUUUUUACUUGCUAUCAUAGAUUAUACAAUUUAGAAUGGCCAAACUCGGUAGUGUUCGAUGAAGUCCAUUUCGGUAAAUUUGCUGCUAAAUAUAUCAAGAGAGAGUUCUUCUUCGAUGUCCAUCCACCUUUAGCUAAAAUGUCCUUUGCUUUAGUUGGUUAUUUAGCUGGUUUUAAUGGUAUUUUUGAAUUUAAUGAAAUUGGUGAUGAAUAUCCAUUUGAUGUCCCAUACUACACCAUGAGAUUGUAUUCUGCUUUAACAGGUGUAGCUACAGUUAUGUUAGCCUAUUUCACACUAAGAUCAUCAGGUGUAAGAAUUUGGAUUGCCGUCUUAUCUGCUUGCUGUUUAGCAGUUGAGAAUUCAUUUGUAACAAUUUCGCGUCACAUUUUACUAGAUUCUCCAUUGAUUUUCUGUAUUGCGUUAUCUGCUUUCUUUUACAAGAGACAUGAACUAUAUGAAUUCUACUCAAGAGGAUCCUUAGUUAACUUGUUUUUAUGUGGUGUUUCUUUAGGGUUUGCUGCUUCUGCUAAAUGGGUUGGUUUAUUCACAAUCGCCUGGAUUGGUGUUUUAUGUCUAUUCAAAUUAUGGUUCUAUAUUGGUGAUUUAAACAAAUCUUUUAAAUAUGUCUUCAAGACUGCCAUUUUCAAAUUCGUUUUUUUAUUGGUUGUCCCAGCUUUCUUAUACAUUUUGUUUUUCGCUAUCCACAUGAAUUUAUUAAGCGAAUAUUCCAUAGGUGCAGCAUUCCUAAGUCCAGAAUUUAAAGCUACUCUAAAUGGUAACGAUGUGCAAGGCAAUUUUACUGCUGAAGUUGGUGUCGGUUCUGUCGUUACUUUACGCCACACCGGUUCUGAAGGUGGUUACUUGCAUUCGCAUAAUUUAUUCUACCCAGCUGGUUCUCAACAACAACAGAUAUCGCUAUACGCUCAUAAUGAUGAUAACAACAAGUGGUUGAUUGAACUUUUCGACGAACCAAAUGCUGAACUUACUUCUUUCAGAAAUAUUACUGACAAGACAAAGAUCAGAUUAAAGCAUUUUUCUACUAGACGUAGACUACAUUCUCACGAUCAUAAGGCUCCAGUUUCAGAGUUCAGUGACUGGCAAAAAGAAGUAUCUGCUUAUGGUGAUGAUGCUUUUGAAGGUGAUCCAAACGAUGACUGGAUUGUUGAAAUUGUUAAGGAACACUCUGCUCCAGGAGAAGCCCAAGAACAUGUCAGAGCAAUUGAAACUAAAUUUAGAUUAAGACAUGCAAUGUCCGGCUGUCUAUUAUUUUCUCAUCCAGUGAAAUAUCCAGAAUGGGGUGCUGAACAACAGGAAGUAACAUGUGCUCACUCAGGUAAAGAUUAUUUAACAGAAUGGUAUAUCGAAGAAAAUUAUAACGAAGUUCUACCUGAAGAUGCUGAUGUGGUUUCAUAUAUUCCACUAUCAUUCUGGGAGAAGUUUAAAGAGUUCCACGUUUCAAUGUGGGUUGUCAAUGCCGGUUUAUCUGCUCCACAUCCGUACGAAUCAUGGCCUUCUCAAUGGCCAUUCCUAUCUCGUGGUUUAGGCUAUUGGGGUGCUCAUCACAGACAAAUUUACUUAUUGGGUAAUGCUAUUAUAUGGUGGUCUGUCAGCAUUUUUAUUGCAGUUUUCUUACUAACCUGCAUUGGUGAAAUUGUUUCAUGGCAAGUUGAUGGUCCUGUCACAACUGACCCAGAAGUUAUUAACUUCCAUUAUCAAGUUUUAGAAUAUUUACUUGGGUUUUUUGCUCAUUUCAUUCCAUCAUUUAUCAUGAAACGUCAAAUGUUUUUGCAUCAUUAUCUACCAGCAUACUACUUUGGUAUUUUGGCAUUUGGUCAGGCUUUGGAUAUCGUGGUUAGUUUUGUUUUCAGGCAUAAGAGAAAUGUUGGUUAUAUUACUGUCGUUUGUUUCUUUGCAGUCUCAUAUCAAUUUUUUAAACAAUUUUCUCCAUUAAUUUAUGGUACUGAAUGGACUAUCCAAGAAUGUGGUAAAUCUCAAUGGUUACCUGGCUGGGAUUACCCUUGUCCAAUGUACCUUGAAUCUUUAGAUGCGUACAAAAACUAUACUAUGACACCAAAGCCUUAUAUUCCAUCAAUUGAUAAUAUUCCUGAUGGCAAUUUCAAUCAACCAUUUGAUGGGGAACAGCCAAACAAGAAAGCACAGUAUUCAAAUAAGCCAAUCCGUGAUAACGGCCCUGUUGCUAACUGGGAUGAUAUUGCUAGAAAUAAGCACCCAAAGAAGUUUGUUGAUCAAUUUGGUAACACCCUAAAUGAAGAAGAAGUAAAGCGCUUAAUGGAACAAGACGGUGCUAGUAUUAUCGGUUCAACUCAAACGAAACUUUACGGGGGCACUGCAGAUCAACCAAACCAUCGUUAUGCUCCACCACCUCAAAACAACGGCAGACAACAAGCCGCUCAAAAUUAUCAACAACCACCUCAGGCACAACAGCAAAACAAUGUUGCUGAUGUCGGUAAUGGUCCUUUGGAUGAAGCUGAAUUUGAGAAAAUUUUGAACAAUGGUUUAGCAAAACAGUUUGUUGAUCAAAAUGGUAACCAAUUAAAUGAAGCACAAAUAAGAAGUUUAUUGAAAAAUGGUGGAGCUAGUCUUCUAGGUACUUCUCAAGUUAAAAAGAGAGUAGGACAAACACCUACUGCUGGUCGUGCACCAAACUAUAAGAAACAACAGCAGCAACAGCAACAACAGCAACAACAACUUGGGCAAGAUGAGCAAGAUGAGCAAGUACACCCAACUUCUUACGUUAUGAAUGAAAAAGAAAGAAGAUUAGCUGAACAAAGAGUUAAAGAAUUAGAUGCAGUCGUAUCACAAGGUGGAGGUACUGCUAAUUUUAUUGAUCCAGAUGGAAACACAAUUGAUGUUGAAGAAGCUAAGAAAAUUAUUUUAGAACAAGGUGGCAGUAUUGGUAGUUUUGGAAAAUCCGUAGGUACUAGUGUCAAUACACCAUGGAAUCCAAGAAAUGAUCCAGCCGUCAAAGAAAGAGUCAAAGAAUUUGAAGAAAUAGAAAGCGAAGGUUUUGAUGAUAAAACAUUCUUAGACCAAGAUGGUAAAAGAUUAAAACCUGCUGAAGUUAAAAGAUUAUUGAAACAAAAUAAUGCACGUAUUACUAAUGUCCAAAGAACGACUUAUCGUUAG